AUGCCGUCGGACAGCGAGACAGCCACCGCCAAGGAGGAGGUGCCGCCUGCGGCAGCGGCACCUCAGUCCGACGCGCAUUCAGAGGAAGGAGAGGCCAGUGAGGUCGAAAGCCCCGAGGCCGACAUCCACAACAAGAGCGACUCGGCCCAGACACCACGAGAAUCGCAACCAGCUCCAGAACACGACGACGCACCGCCAUUACCAGACGAGCCACUUCCAGGAUCUACAGACCAGCAAGCACACGACGCACAAGAUGACGGAGGCGCGCCCCCUCUACCCAACGAGGCACCUCCUGAGCAGGUAGACGACGGCUGGGAUGCGAUGUGGGACGCCUCGAGACAGGCGUGGUACUUCUACAACAGAUUCACAGGCACGUCACAAUGGGACAACCCAAGAGUCCAGACCGAGACAGCCUCCACCGAACCGUCAUCCUCCGGCGCCGCCGCGCCAGCACCAAUAUCACAGCCCUCCUCCAUAGCAGGCGGCUACAACCCUGCGAUCCACGGGUCCUGGGACCCGAACGCACCCUACGCACAAGCCUACAAGCAAGCCGACGCGGUGGACGACGACACCACAACGCAGUACACGGCAGGCGAGACGGCGCUGGAGGGGUCGGCAGCAGACCCGUACGCGCAGGCGGCGGCGUUCAACAGCCGGACGGGCCGGUUCCAGGCGGCGGACCUGAACCCGGACAACUUCUCGGACGCGGCCAAGUCGCAGCGGCAGAUGAACGCGUACUUCGACGUGGACCGCGCGGCCAACUCGCACGACGGGCGCAGCCUCAAGGCCGAGAGGAGGGGCAAGCAGCCCACCAAGAAGGAGCUGGCGCAGUGGAAGGAGAAGAGGAAGGCCAAGAAGGAGGAGAAGAGGCGGGCAUGGCUGAGGGACUGA